CACAAUUUAUUAUCAUGGAUUCACUGAUAAGAAAACUUUCAAAAUAUACGAGUAUAGCAACCAUUACAUCGUCAUAGAUAUUAAAAGUUGUUUAAUAAACUGUGUUAUAUAGAAAAUAAUCGCAUAUAUAUUGGAUAUUACAGUGAACUACACGUUUUUCAUUCGUUACAGACUAACAUGGUUUCUGUGACUUUGGAAAUCUCCAGCUUACUCGUUCUCUUGAUGCAUUGUUGUGUGUUCUCCCAGACAUGUGUUUCGCCGACACCAAAAUGUGACUGUUUUGAGACAGAAGGGAAGAAAAUAAUAAAUUGUAGGUAUAAAAACCUAACAGAGAUACCAACAUUUACUGACACACACUUGAUUUACGACGAGAUUAGAUUUACCUCGUUGGAAAACACUGGGACCUGUCAGCCAUUCGCAAAAUGUAACAACAUAAGGCGCUUACACGCGAACGCUUUCGCUAAAUUGAAGGUUAAAACAAUUGACCUGAGAAAUAACCCAAUAUCAGAUGUGGAUAUGUCGGCUUUUAACUCACUGGUACCAACAUUGACGUCACUUCUACUAGAGGGAGAUGGCUCGAACACAAUGCCGUACCAAGCACUUGCCCAGCUGGAUGUAUAUCUCAAAUCUUUACAUCUGGAGAAUUACGGAUCCGCUGUCUUGCAAAUCCCAGUUGUGUUACCUUUCCCAAACUUGGAAUCUUUAUCCCUGAUAAACUGGAAACAUUUGACGUCUAUUCAACCGGAUAUAUUACGUAUAAUGCAGAACGUAACUAGAUUCCGUCUGGAAAAGAUGCCUUCAUUAACAUUUUUACCUGUACCAGCAUUACAAACUUUUCAAAAACUGUCAUCUUUAUAUAUUAUCGACACAGGAAUAGAUCACAUUUUCGGAGACUCAUUCGCUCCAUUGAACGGUUUGAAAGAAGUGAAUAUACUAAAUAAUAUACAUUUAAAAUCAAUUGCUCGUAACGCAUUUAAUGGAGUGAAAGAUACAAUUGUCUUCUUGGAUAUUAGUAGCAACAGCUUGGAUAACAUCGACUUCCUUAGAGGCGCCCUUUGGACAAGUUUAUAUCAGCUAAAUAUAGGUUAUAAUUUUGAAAUAAGAACAUUUAUUCCUGGUAUAUUUCGCGAAACCCCUGCUUUAAGGUAUAUAAACUGUCAGGAUAUCGGUCUUACAAGAAUUGACAAGAAUAUGUUUGUUGGCCUAUCAAAUCUUCAUACGCUCGAUCUGUCUUUUAACCAAAUAAACUCUGUCACAACCCGGGCUUUUCAGAACAUGCCGUUUCUCGUAGACCUUCGAAUAAAUGAUCAGAAUACGCAUAAUACGCGUAUACAUUUUCAGAAUAAUUCAUUCUUCGGAAUUGAAGCAUCGGUAGAAAUUUUAAACAUUAAUAACAAUAGAUUUGAUUUGGACCAGUUUUGGAAAGAUCUUACAAGGCUUACAAACCUGAAAGUGUUAGAUAUCUCUAACACGGGUAUAAACAAUCUGCCAGAUAACGCAUUUAAAGGAAAUACAGAAUUGAAUUCACUAAUACUAUCCGGUAAUAACAUAUCAUCUUUAAAACAAAACACAUUCCACGGACCAAGACUCUUUCUUCAAACAAUAAACCUAAGAGGUAAUGCGUUACAAAGUAUUGAUAAAUGUGUAGUGAACGAUUUCCCCUCUAUACCAACAUUUACACUGUACGGAAAUCCCCUUGUCUGUGAUUGUGAUCUAGUAUGGCUAUAUGAUUGGUAUAGUUCACAAAACAAACCAGACCACCUAGCACUAGAUAUGGGAAAGUGUACUUCACCGACAACGCUUGCUAACAAAUUUUUUAAUCAAUUCAGUAGGAACGAAAUGUGCUCAGGGACUCAACCUGCAAAAGCCUGCCCAGAUGUACCUACUGUGAACGGCUCAAGUUCAUCAACAAUACCAGUAACAACGUCCGCCACUUCUAACAUCUUGACUACACAAUCAUUGCCGCAAUUUGAACUCAUUAUCAAUAACGUAGGUGAAAACUUUAUAGAAGUAACAUGGACAAUCGACGAUUUAAAUUUCAUUUCAGAAAUAAAAUUUGAGAUAAUUAGCAAUGAAUGGAGGACAAAGACAACAUAUCUAGGGAUAGAACAGAAGAGUUUCACAUUUUACCAGUUAUCUUCGGGGACGUAUUACACCAUCUGCCUUGUAUUGAAAUUCCAAAACGAAUUUAAAGACGGAAAUCCCAACUGUAAGACCAUUGUUACACUCAGAAAACAGCCUGACCCUAACAGUGUCAUAGGCUGAUUAAAACGAUACAAUGCAAUAAUUACUCAUCCAUCUACAUAAUGUGCAUGUUUUUGGGGGUUUUUUUUGUUGUUGUUUUUUGUUACUUCUAUCAAAUAAAUUCUUAUAAAUACAUAUAUUUUAAAAAGAAUAAAAUUCCUUUAACCAUUUUCAAAACAAUCUUACAUUUUCUGUUCUACAGUAAUGAACUUCACCACUAUUGACUUUUGAACGGUCAUUUACUAAAUCAAGACAAUUUGAACAGUAUUAAAAUGCUUAAUUAUUCAUGCGAAAGUUGAGGCAGGCGUACAUCUACACUGGUGUCGACGUCAUGGCUUAACGGUAAAGUGAUCAAAAGAUUUACAUUGUGGCUGCUUAUUACACGAUAUACAUUAGUGAUUUUUUUUUUGUUUGAUUAGGUUUUACGUCACACCGACACACUCACAUGAAAGAAUCCAAAGUUCCUGUCGGAAUUCGAACCCACGGCGGUUAUACAUUGAUGAUAAUAUAGAGU